AUGGAUGAUGAUGAACAAACUUGAGUUGGACUGGACUGCGCGGUCCUCAAAGUCUCCGUCCUCGUCUUCUUCUUCUUCUUCUUCUUCUUCUUCUUCUUCUUCUUCUUCUUCUUCUUCUUCUUCUUUUUCUUCUUCUUCUUCUUCUUCUUUCUUCUUCUUCUUCUUCUUCUUCUUCUUCUUCUUCUUCUACUUCUUCUUUCUUCUCAUUCUUCACGUCUCUUCUGUCGUUUCUUUAUCUCCCUUUCGUUCCCCCACAGAUUUCUUUCGCAUCUUUGCCUUCUGUCCUUCAUUUCCCUAUUCCUCACCUCGCCCAUCCUUCAAUUCCUUUCUCAUCUCUCACAUCUCCUCUUGCCUGAAAAUGCUCUCAUCUUUCUCAACCUUCACCUUUCCGUCUGUCUCCUAUUCCCUCCUUUAUCAGAGAAUAUUACUGUAUCUUCUCCUCACGUCUCUCCUCUGCCUCACCACAGGAGUGUGUGGAGUGCAGGUGUACAAUGUGGUGGUGCCCUCACCAGGGGUGGUGGGACGGAGCACCGUCUUAGAGUGCCUCUGGGACGCCGAUGCCAGGGGAUUCUAUUCCGUGAGAUGGUACAAGAACGGCGAGCAGUUCUACAGUUACGUCCCGAAGAACAAGCCUCAGGUGAAGGUGGAUCACCACCUGGCUGGUGUCAGCGUCUUGCUCUCACGUUCAGACGAGUACAGGGUGACGCUGAAGGAACUGAGGCUGGACUCUGAGGGUGUGUACCGCUGUGAGGUGAUGAGUGAGUCGCCAACCUUCGAGACCUCCUUCGCUUCCAGGAACCUCACUGUUGUUGUGCUGCCGGAGGCGCCGCAGAUAGUGGGUCUGAAAGAGACGUACACGACAGGAGAGGAACUCAACGUCAGCUGCAUCUCCAGGGACGCAAGACCUCCACCAAUUCUCUCCUUCCACGUCAACGGCGGACUGAUCCCCGUUACUACAGGAGCUGUGGUAACGUCGACGACAGAGGGCAGCUACCCCAGCGUCUUCACCACCACCUCACGUCUCUUGAUGCAACUCACCCGUCAGCACGUGCCAUCACUGACACUAGAGUGUCAUUCCAGAGUGCUCUCUCUCACCAAUCAGACAGCAUACACCGUACACGUGCACCGCGAACCCAUACUAUCCUUCUUUAACAAAGGAGCCAGUGCCUCAUCGCCACGACCGCUGUUGUUGCUGUUGCUGCUGAUGCUGCUGGGAUCCCUGGCUCACCUGCCCAUCACCUGCCACACCACCUGCCACACCACCUGCCACACCACCUGCCACACCACCUGCUGAUUACCACACCAGUGCCACGCCCACUCUACUGGCACACACACACACAGGAACAAGGAGUGGCGGGCAAGCACGCUGCGUUCUGCAGCUCUGCGUACGCUGGUUCAACUCUGCAGUGUUGACAUCCUUGCAGUAUCUGAAGAAAGCAACUCCUGGUUGCUGGAUGUUCUUGCGGUCUCUGGAGGAAGCAUCUGCUGAUUGGCGGAUAUUCUUGCGGUCUCUGGAGGAAGCAUCUGCUGAUUGGCGGAUAUUCUUGCGGUCUCUGGAGGAAGCAGCUGCUGAUUGGCGGAUAUUCAUGCGGUCUCUGGAGGAAGCAGCUGCUGAUUGGCGGAUAUUCAUGCGGUCUCUGGUGGAAGCAGCUGCUGAUUGGCGGAUAUUCAUGCGGUCUCUGGAGGAAGCAGCUGCUGAUUGGCGGAUAUUCAUGCGGUCUCUGGAAGCAGCUGUUGAUUGUCUCUCCCCUCCCCAAGAUGUCACGUAU